AUGGCUGGGGCCUCUGAGACCCCUGCGAGCCUGGGGCUGGCAUCACCCCCCCCUAUGGCCCCUGCACUCCUGAGGGGAGCAGACGUCUGGCCCUUUCCGGGGCUGAGCAACGGCCUUGCAGUGCCCCCCCACACCCCGCAGGAGCAGCGCCCCCAUGGCCUCCUCCUCUCCACAGGGGCGCUGCCCCGGGCCCAGGGUCUGCCCUCACCCUGCCCGCCGCCCUAUCGAGAGCGGGCGCGGCAGCAGCGGGCCUGGGUGGUCACAGCGACUCUGCUUCGGGGGGGCUCUGCCUGCCCCGCCCCCUUCCUUCUGAUUCAGAUGCUGCUGGGGGGCCCCAGGAUGGGUGCCCCGAGCGGGUGCCCAGCGCUGCUGUGGGCCCUUGUGGCCCUGCUCUCGGCGGGCAUGGCAGAGACCCAGGACGGCGGGCAGCAGAGCGGGACGAGUCAGCGGCCUGAGAUGACUGCCCGGCACCUGACCUUCAUCCCGCCCGUCACUGUCUUCCCCACCAUGAGCCCCUUGAACGCAGCCCACGGCGGGCGGGUGUGCAGCACGUGGGGCGACUUCCACUACAAGACCUUCGACGGCGAUGUCUUCCGCUUCCCCGGGUUGUGCAACUAUGUCUUCUCUGCGCACUGCGGCUCCGCCUACGAGGACUUCAACCUGCAGCUCCGCCGUGGCCUGCUGGGCUCCAGACCCACCAUCACCCACAUUGUCCUCAGAUCACAGGGGCUCGUGCUGGAGGUCUCCAACAGCUCGGUCCUCAUCAACGGGUGGCGGGAGGAGCUGCCCUACAGCCGCGCCGGCCUCCUGGUGGAGAGGAGCAGCGCCUACGUCAAGAUCAACGUCCGGCUGAUGCUGACCUUCAUGUGGAACGGAGAGGACAGCGCCCUGCUGGAGCUGGACCCCAAGUAUGCCAACCAGACCUGCGGCCUGUGCGGUGACUUCAAUGGGCUCCGGGCCGUCAGUGAGUUCUACGCCCACAAUGCCAGGCUGAGCCCGCUACAGUUCGGGAACCUGCAGAAGCUGGACGGGCCCACGGAGCAGUGCCAGGACCCCCUGCCCUCCCCCGCUGCUGACAACUGCACAGACGAGGAGGGCGUCUGCCGCCGCACCCUGCUGGGCCCCGCCUUCGCUCCCUGCCACGGGCUGGUGGACGCCGAGGUGUACGUGGCUGCCUGCACCCAGGACCUGUGCCGCUGCCCCUCCUGCCCCUGUGCCACCUUCGCUGAGUACUCCCGCCAGUGCGCCCACGCGGGGGGGCAGCCGCAGAACUGGAGGGGCCCCGACCUCUGCCCCCAGACAUGCCCCCUGAACACUCAGCACCAGGAGUGCGGCUCGCCCUGCGUGGACACCUGCUCCAACUCUGAGCGCUCCCAGCUGUGCGAGGACCACUGCGUGGACGGCUGCUUCUGCCCCCCAGACACGGUGCUGGACGACGUCACCCACACUGGCUGCCUGCCCCUGCGACAGUGCCCUUGCACCCACGGCGGCCGCAUCUACGACCCUGGGGCCUCCUUCAACACCAGCUGCAGCUCCUGCACCUGCUCCGGGGGACUUUGGCAGUGCCAGGACCUCCCAUGCCCGGGCACCUGCUCCAUCCAGGGCGGGUCUCACAUCUCCACCUACGACGAGAAACUCUACGACGUACACGGGGACUGCAGUUACGUCCUCACCAAGGUAUGUGCAGACAGUGCGCUCGCCGUCCUGGCCGAGCUGCGCAAGUGCGGCCUGACGGACAACGAGAACUGCCUCAAAGCGGUGACGCUGAGCUUGAACGGAGGGGACACGACCGUCCAGAUCCAGGCCAACGGCGGGGUGUUCGUGAACUCCAUCUACACCCAGCUGCCCGUGUCUGUGGCUGGCGUCACGGUCUUCAGGCCGUCGUCCUUCUUCAUCCUGGUGCAGAUGGGCCGCUGGCUGCAGCUGCAGGUGCAGCUGGUGCCCCUCAUGCAGGUGUUCCUCUGGCUGGACCCCGCCUACCGCGGCCAGAUGUGCGGCCUGUGUGGGAACUUCAACCAGAACCAGGCUGACGACUUCCGGACGGUCGGCGGCGUGGUGGAGGCCACGGCCGCGGCCUUCGCCAACACCUGGAAGACCCAGGCCUCCUGCCCCAAUGUCAAGAACAGUUUUGAAGACCCCUGCUCCCUCAGCGUGGAGAAUGAGAACUAUGCCCAGCACUGGUGCUCCCUGCUGACCAACCCUGCCGGGCCCUUCUCGUCCUGCCACUCGGUCCUCAGCCCUGGGCCCUUCCACUCGAACUGCAUGUUUGACACCUGUAACUGUGAGAAGAGUGAGGACUGCAUGUGCGCGGCCCUGUCCUCCUACGUCCGGGCCUGUGCCGCCCGAGGCGUGCUGCUCAGCGGCUGGCGGGACGGCGUGUGCACCAAGUAUGCGAGCAGCUGCCCGAAGACCCAGAGCUACGCCCACAUGGUGGACAGCUGCCAGCCCACCUGCCGCUCCUUGAGCCAGCCUGACGUCUCCUGUGACGUGGCCUUCGUGCCUGUGGAUGGCUGCAUCUGCCCGCCGGGCACCUUCCUGGAUGAUGCGGGUGACUGUGUCCCCGCCGAAGCCUGUCCCUGCUACUUGCGUGGCACGGUGGUGGCUCCGGGGGAGGUCGUUCAUGACAACGGCGUGGUGUGCUCGUGUGUGAGCGGGAGGCUGAGCUGUCUGGGGGCCACGGAGCAGAGCAUAGGGUGUGUGGCCCCCAUGGUGUUCCUGGAUUGCAGCAACGCCUCUGCGGACGCACCGGGGGCUGAGUGCGUGCGAAGCUGCCACACCCUGGACGUGGACUGUUUCAGCACCCACUGCGUGUCAGGCUGCGUCUGCCCAGUGGGGCUGCUGUCCGACGGGAGCGGAGGCUGCGUGGCCAAGGAGGACUGCCCUUGCCUGCACAACGAGGCUGCCUACAAGCCCGGGGAGGUCAUCAAGGUCGACUGUAACACCUGCACCUGCAGGGGCCGCAGGUGGGAGUGCAGCGACCGGCCCUGCCUGGGCACCUGUGUGGCCUACGGGGACGGCCACUUCCUCACCUUCGACGGCGAGCGCUACGGCUUCGAGGGGAGCUGCGAGUACACGCUGGCACAGGACUACUGUGCGGGCAGCGCCGCCGCCAACGGGACCUUCCGCAUCGUCACCGAGAACGUGCCCUGCGGGACUACGGGCGCCACCUGCUCCAAGGCCGUCAAGAUCUUCCUGGGGAGCUACGAGCUGAUCCUGCACGAGGGCACCCACAAGGUGCUGCAGAGGGGGCUGGGCGGAGACCUGCCCUACAGGGUCCGCUACAUGGGCAUCUACCUGACCGUGGAGACCCACAGUGGUGUGGUCGUGUCCUGGGACCGGAAGACCAGCGUGAUCGUCCGGCUGCGCCAUGAAUACAAGGGGAGGGUCUGCGGGCUGUGCGGGAACUUUGAUGACAACGCUCUCAACGACUUCACCACGCGGAGUCAGUCCGUGGUGGGCGACGUGCUGGAGUUUGGCAACAGCUGGAAAUUCUCCCCAUCCUGCCCGGAUGCUCUGGCCUCCAGGGACCCCUGCACCGCCAACCCGUACCGCAAGUCCUGGGCCCAGAAACAGUGCAGCAUCAUCAAUAGCGCAACCUUCAGCGCCUGCCGGUCUCAGGUCGAUUCCACCAGGUACUAUGAAGCCUGUGUGAGCGAUGCCUGUGCCUGCGACUCGGGGGGUGACUGCGAGUGCUUCUGCACGGCUGUGGCCGCCUACGCCCAGGCCUGCCACGAAGCGGGUGUGUGCGUGUCCUGGCGGACCCCGGACAUCUGCCCUCUUUUCUGCGACUACUACAACCCGCACGGGGAGUGCGAGUGGCAUUACCAGCCCUGCGGGGCCCCCUGUCUGAAGACCUGCCGGAACCCCAGUGGGCUUUGCCUGAUGGACCUGCCAGGCCUGGAAGGCUGCUACCCGAAGUGCCCAUCCAGCAAGCCGUUCUUCAACGAGGACCAGAUGAAAUGCGUGGCCCAGUGCAGCGGCUGCUAUGACGAAGACGGGAACUACUAUGAUGUUGGCAAGAGGGUUCCCACCACGGAGAACUGUCAGAGCUGUGACUGCACCUCCAGCGGCCUCCAGUGCACGCACAGCCCCGAGGCCUGUACGUGCACCUAUGAGGGCAGGACCUAUGCCUACGGGGACGUCAUCUACAACACGACCGACGGGCUGGGCGCCUGCCUGAUUGCCAUGUGCAGAGACAAUGGAACCAUCGUCCGGAGGGCCAUGGAGUGCCCCGGAACCCCAUCUACAACGCCCUUCACCUUCACCAGCACGGCAGCUCCGCCCUCCACCACGGGCUUGGUCCCCACCCUGUCCACUGUGUGUGUGUGGAAGGUCUGCCACUGGUCCGACUGGUAUGAUGGAGGCCAUCCAGAGCCAGACAUGAGCGGGGGAGACUUUGAAACAUUCGAGAACCUGAGGCAGAGGGGCUACCAGGUCUGCCUGGCCCCCGCAGACAUUGAGUGCCAGGCACAGCUCUUCCCAGGCAUGCCCCUGGAGAAGCUGGGCCAGAAGGUGGAGUGUAGCCGGGGCAAGGGGUUGACUUGCCUCAACAGCGAGCAGAGCCCCCCACUCUGUCUCAACUAUGAGCUGAGGGUCCUCUGCUGUGACUAUGUGCCCUGUGGCACCAGCCAGCCUCCAUCCUCCCAGACACCGGCCACCUCCACCCAGACCACAUCCGCUCUAGGAACCACCCACCCGACCACGGCAGUGCCCACCUCGCAGACCCCAUCCACCAAGCUUACCACAGCCACGACCCCAGAGGGCAGCAGCUCUGCGUUCCCAGCCACCACCACCUGUGAGCCUCACUGUCGCUGGACAGAGUGGUUCGACGUGGACUACCCGAAGUACGAGGAGGCUGGGGGCGACUUCGAGACCUACGAGAAGAUCAGGGGCGCGGGCGGGGCUGUGUGCGAGCAGCCCCAAGAUAUAGAGUGUGAGGCUGAGAACUACCCUGGCCAGAAACCAGAGGAGGUGGGCCAGCGAGUGCACUGCGACGUCCGCUUCGGCCUGGUCUGCAGGAACGACGAGCAACUGGGCCUGUUCAAGAUGUGCUACAACUACAGAAUGCGUGUGCUGUGCUGUAGGUACAACCGCUGCAGCGUGCCCACGUCCACCACGUCCCCCACGGCCACGGCCUCCCCCUCCACAGCCACCGCUGCUACAGCCACCACUGCGACCGUGCCCACGGCCACCCCCUCCACAGCCACUGCCACCACUGCGACCGUGCCCACGGCCACCACUGCGACCGUGCCCACGGCCACCCCCUCCACAGCCACUGCCACCACUGCGACCGUGCCCACGGCCACCCCCUCCAUAGUCACUGCCACCACUGCGACCGUGCCCACGGCCACCCCCUCCACAGUCACUGCCACCACUGCGACCGUGCCCACGGCCACCCCCUCCACAGUCACUGCCACCACUGCGACCGUGCCCACGGCCACCCCCUCCACAGUCACUGCCACCACUGCGACCGUGCCCACGGCCACCCCCUCCACAGUCACUGCCACCACUGCGACCGUGCCCACGGCCACCCCCUCCACAGUCACUGCCACCACUGCGACCGUGCCCACGGCCACCCCCUCCACAGUCACUGCCACCACUGCGACCGUGCCCACGGCCACCCCCUCCACAGUCACUGCCACCACUGCGACCGUGCCCACGGCCACCCCCUCCACAGUCACUGCCACCACUGCGACCGUGCCCACGGCCACCCCCUCCACAGUCACUGCCACCACUGCGACCGUGCCCACGGCCACCCCCUCCAUAGUCACUGCCACCACUGCGACAGUGCCCACGGCCACCAUCUACACUGGCACAGCCCCCACUGCCUCUACGGCCUCCAGCACCACCUCCACUGCUGUGCCAACAACCACACAGUCCAGAACACAGGUGGGGAGCACAGUGGUUACCGGGCCCCCUGCCAGCAGUGCCACACCAGUGCCUGCCCUUUCCACGGGACUCACGACCCGAGUGACACACUCGAGUCCAGGCCACACAGGCACACCCCCAACAUCUCCUCCAGGAUCCACAGGGCCCACCACCCCGGGGACAGCCACGUCGGUCCUCCCGACUCACAAACCCUCACAGGAGCCCACCUCGGUGUUGACAACGACUCAAACCUCCACAGCUCGGCCGCCGACAGAAACAGCCCUGAGCACAACAGGCACCCCUCCCACCAGCAUGCUGCCCACCCAGCUCACCAAGACUGGCACCCCAGCCCUGACUAUGGCCACCACUGGGGCCUCCACCAGCCAGGGCACGACCAGCUGUGAACGCAAGUGCCAGUGGACAGAGUGGUUUGAUGUGGACUUCCCCACCUCGGGGGUCAUGGGUGGAGACAUAGAGACCUACGACAAUAUCCGGGCUGCAGGCGGCAAAAUGUGCCAGCAGCCAGAGAAGAUUGAAUGUCGGGCAGAGAACUACCCUGAGGUCAGCAUUGACCAGAUUGGGCAGGUGCUCAGCUGCAGCCUGGAGACAGGGUUGGUGUGCAGGAACGAGGACCAGAAGGGCCCGUUCACCAUGUGCUUCAACUACAACAUCCGUGUCUACUGCUGUGAUGAUGUCCGACACUGCCCCACCACAGCCACCCCAGGCCUCCAGUCCACUUCCGUGCCCCCUAGCAGCUCCACAGCAACGGGGCCAUGGACCUCGACCUCCAUGACGACCUGGCCCCAAAUCUCUUCCUCCAUGGUCCUGCCCACGACCCCCAAGCCAACUUUGACUGGUGCCCCCUCCACAGUCACUCUGGUGACUUCCCACAUUCUUGAGUCCACCUCUGUGACCAACCUGCCCCCCAGCCCAGUGAUGCCCACCACUCAGGCCACCACCCACACCCACUUCCUGCCACCCACAACCUCCAACGGCACUACACAAAUCACAGAGCUUCCCAUCAGGCCCUCUGAGACCAUGACCAGACCCCCAGUCACCACACUCAGCACAGGCCAGGCUACUUCCAGCACAGGGGCAGGCACCAGAACCUCCCUAUCCCCUCCAUGGCCUCAGCCCAGCACCUCCUCACUGGGCACCUCCCUGGGACCCACCACCACCACCACCACCUCCAGCUCUGUGACCACUUUGUCCUCGCCAAAGACCCACACCUCUGGGACCACCUUGGUCCCCACGCCCCCAGGGACUGAGUCCACAGCCUGUGAGCGUCAGUGUGCCUGGACAGACUGGAUGGACCAGAGCUACCCAAUGCCAGGGGCUAAUGGGGGGGACUUUGAGACCUAUGCUAACAUCCGGGCGGCCGGUGGGACUAUCUGUGAGCAGCCUCUGAGGCUGGAGUGUCGGGCUGAGGAGCUGCCUGACAUCACCCUGCAGGACCUGGGCCAGGUGGUAGAGUGCCAGCUAGAGGUGGGCCUGGUGUGCCGGAACCAGGACCAGAGUGGCCAGAUGUGCUUCAACUACCAGAUCCGCUUGCUCUGCUGUGACAAGAGCCACUGCCCCAGCAUGGCCAUCACCACCUCCACCCCCACCAGUGUGACAGGACCCUCCUCCACAGCGACCACAGAGAGGACCUCCGCCCCCACCAGUGUGACAGGACCCUCCUCCACAGCGACCACAGAGAGGACCUCCGCCCCCACCAGUGUGACAGGACCCUCCUCCACAGCGACCACAGAGAGGACCUCCGCCCCCACCAGUGUGACAGGACCCUCCUCCACAGCGACCACAGAGAGGACCUCCGCCCCCACCAGUGUGACAGGACCCUCCUCCACAGCGACCACAGAGAGGACCUCCGCCCCCACCAGUGUGACAGGACCCUCCUCCACAGCGACCACAGAGAGGACCUCCGCCCCCACCAGUGUGACAGGACCCUCCUCCACAGCGACCACAGAGAGGACCUCCGCCCCCACCAGUGUGACAGGACCCUCCUCCACAGCGACCACAGAGAGGACCUCCGCCCCCACCAGUGUGACAGGACCCUCCUCCACAGCGACCACAGAGAGGACCUCCGCCCCCACCAGUGUGACAGGACCCUCCUCCACAGCGACCACAGAGAGGACCUCCGCCCCCACCAGUGUGACAGGACCCUCCUCCACAGCGACCUCAGAAAGGGUCUCCACGCCCAUCACAGUGACAGGACCUUCCUCCACAUCGACCACUGAGAGGGUCUCCACCCCCACCAGUGUGACAGGACCUUCCUCCACAGCGACCACAGAGAAGACCUCCACACCCACCACUGUGACAGGACCCUCCCCCACAGCAACCACCGAGAGGACCUCCACACCCACCACUGUGACAGGACCCCCCUCCAAAGCGACCACUGAGGGGACCUCCACCCUCACCACUGUGACAGUUCCCUUCUCCACAGGGACCACUGAGAGUACCUCCACCCCCAUCAGUGUGACAAGACCUUCCUCCACAGCGACCACUGAGAGGACCCUCAUCCCCACCAGUGUGACAGGACCUCCCUCCAAAGCGACCACUGAGGGGACAUCCACCUCCACUAGUGUGACAGCUCCCUUCUCCAUGGGGAGCACUGAGAGGACCUCCACCCCCACGAGUGUGACAGGACCCUCCUCCACAGCAACCUCAGAGAGGGUCUCCACGCCCACGAGUGUGACAGCUCCCUUCUUCACAGCGACCAGCAGGAGGACCUCCACCCCCACCAGUGUGACAGGACCUCCCUCCAAAGCGACCACUGAGGGGACCUCCACCCCCACCAGUGUGACAGCUCCCUUCUCCACGGGUAUAACUGAGAGGACCUCCACCCCCACCAGUGUGACAGGACCCUCCUCCAAAGCGACCACUGAGGGGACAUCCACCCCCACCAGUGUGACAGCUCCCUCCUCAGGGACCACAGAGAGGGUCUCUACCCCCCCGAGUGGGACAGUACUCUCCUCUACAGCAACCUCAGAAAGGGUCUCCACCCCCACCAGUGUGACAGGACCCUCCUCCACAGCGACCACUGAGAGGACCUCCACCCCCACGAGUGUGACAGGACCCUCCUCCACAGCAACCUCAGAGAGGGUCUCCACGCCCACGAGUGUGACAGCUCCCUUCUUCACAGCGACCAGCAGGAGGACCUCCACCCCCACCAGUGUGACAGGACCUCCCUCCAAAGCGACCACUGAGGGGACCUCCACCCCUACCAGUGUGACAGCUCCCUUCUCCACGGGUAUAACUGAGAGGACCUCCACCCCCACCAGUGUGACAGGACCCUCCUCCAAAGUGACCACUGAGGUGACCUCCACCCCCACCAGUGUGACAGGACCCUCCUCCACAGCGACCUCAGAAAGGGUCCCUACCCCCACCAGUGUGACAGCUCCCUCCUCCAUGGGGACCACCGAGAGGGUGUCCAUCUCUAGUCCCUCUGCCUUCCCGGGGUCCUCACCCAUGACCACCAAGCCAGGCUUGUCCAUUAUCUCUCCCACAGGUCACCUGUUGACCUCCCCCUUAUCGACUACUCCUGGGUCUCCACCCACUACCCCGUCCUGGUCCUCAGAGACCUCUGGCAGCCUGAUGCCCUCCGUUGUCCCCCCAACCUCAUCUGGGCCCACCACGCCCUGCCUUUGUCACGCCUUUGGGAAGUUCUUCCUACCAGGGGACAUUGUCUACAACAAGACAGAUGGGGCAGGCUGCCCCUUCUUAGCCAUCUGCAACCAGCACUGUGACCUUGACCGCUUCCAGGGCACCUGCCCUACCUCCUCACCCCCAGGAACCUCAGCCUCUGUGCCCCCAACCACCCCAGUUGUCGGCUGUGAUCGCACAAUCCCUCCUCGAAAGGUGAAUGAGUCCUGGUUCCUGGAGGACUGCACGGUGGCCCGUUGUGAAGGUGACAACCGUAUCAUCCUGCUGGGACCACGGCCGAUGAAGAGCAUCACCUGUGUGAACGGGCACCUGCCCGUGAAGGUGCAGAAUCAGAGCCAUCCCUGUGACUACCACUACGAGUGCGAGUGCGUCUGCAGUGGCUGGGGGGGCGCCCACUACGAGACCUUCGACGGCACCUCCUACUCCUUCCUGGACAACUGCACCCACGUCCUCGUGCGCGAGAUCCAGCCACGCUACGGCAACCUCCGCAUUUUGCUGCACAACCGCUUCUGUGAGGCCGCUGCCCACUGCCCCCGCGCUCUGAGCAUCCACUACCAGCCCAUGGACAUCGUCCUCUCCACCUCCACUGGCGCUGGUGGGCAAGAGGAAAGCCUGAUCCUGUUGAACCAAACGCGGGUGAGGCAGAGCUUCAGCAAGAACGGCGUGACCGUGACCCUGACCGGGGCCACCGGAAUGCGUGUUGAUAUUCCCGCCGUCGGUGUCAGCAUCACCUUCAACGGGCGGGUCUUCCAGGCCCGGCUCUCGUACAGCCGCUUCAAUCACAACACUGAGGGCCAGUGCGGCACCUGCACCAACAACCGCAGGGACGAAUGUCGCCGGCCCGACGGCACCAUGGCCCGCACCUGCCAGGACAUGGCCCGGUCCUGGCUGGUCUCCGAGAGCAGUGGGGAGGGCUGCGGGGUGCCCACCGGCCUGCCCAUAACCACCAGCCCCCUCUCGCCGGGAGCCAGCACGCCUGCCGUCCAGCCAUCGUGCCCCCCAGAGCCCCUCUGCGAGCUGAUGCUGAGCCCGGUCUUCGCCGGGUGCCACAGCCUCAUCCCCCCUGGCCCGUACUUCAACGCCUGUGUCAGUGACAGUUGCUGGCCCGGCCGCGGCCGUGCGGUGCUCUGCCAGAGCCUGGAGGCCUACGCAGAGCUCUGCCGCUCCCGGGGUGUCUGCCCCGACUGGCGCAACGCCACCCACGGGCUGUGCGACCUCACCUGCCCGCCCUCCAAGGUCUACAAGUCGUGUGGCCCCGUGCAGCCGGAGUCCUGCGACUCCAGGAGCCAGAGCCCGCUGAGCGUGGGGCUGGCAGAGGGCUGCUUCUGUCCCGAGGGCCACAUCCUCUUCAACUCCCACAGGGACAUCUGCGUGCCCGAGUGCCCCUGUGUGGGACCGGACGGGCUUCCCAAAUUCCCUGGAGAGCGGUGGGUCAGCAACUGCCAGGACUGCGUGUGUGACAAGGGCGCCGUGUCAGUGCAGUGCUCACCUGUGGAGUGCCCGGCCCCAGACCAGCCACAGGAAUGCAGCGAGGCCGGCUUCGUGGCCGUGAGCAGGCCUCUGGCGGACAAACCGUGCUGCAUGGAGACUCUGUGCGUCUGCAAUGCAAGCACGUGCCCCCAGAGCCCACCUGCGUGUAGGCCGGGAGAGAAGCUGGUCCGCACCCAGGUGGAGGAUGACUGUUGCCCCACCUUCAGCUGCUCGAUGCCCUGGUCUGCGCUCAGCCAGGGUCACGUCGGUGCGACCUUCCAAGGGGUCACUCCAUGCCACACGUGCACCUGUCUGUCCACGGAUAGCAGGGACCCGACCAUGUGGUGUGAGGAGAAGGCGUGCAAUACCACCUGCCUCCAGGGCUUUGAGUACUCCACGGUGGCCGGGCAGUGCUGUGGGGAGUGCGUGCAGACCGCCUGCCUCGCACCGGAUGGCCAGCUGGUCCAGCUCAACGAGACCUGGGUCAACAGCCUAGUGGACAACUGCACGGAGUACCACUGCCAGGCCAGGGACGGACCCCCUAUGCUGACCCCAACGCCUGUGGUCUGCCCCGACGUGUCCACCUGCAAGGGCAUCCUCAAGAAAAUUGGCUGCUGCUACUCUUGUGUGCAAACGGACGCCUGCCAGGUCCACGCCAACAUGACGGUCCUUCGACACCGGGGCUGCGUCACCCAGGCCGCCGUCAGGGUCUCUUUCUGCGAGGGCUCUUGCCCGGAAGUGUCCCGGUACUCCAUGGAGGCGCAGGCUGGGCAGUGCCGCUGCACCUGCUGCCAGGAGACCAGGACCCACCAGGAGGUGGUGACCAUGCAGUGCCCCGACGGGACGGCCUUCCAGCACACCUACACCCAUGUGGACGAGUGCAGCUGCGUCCCGGCCUGCGCGUCCUCGUCCCAGGUUCUUGAGGAUAGCGUGUCCACCUUCCCACUCUUGGGGUCCACCACUGUCUGAUGUUCUGGGCCCCCCAGACGCCCCCACCACCAUGGAAACCACGGGCGCCCACACACACCUUCCAUGGGUACCACUGCCCCCGCCCUCUUUGCACUUGCCCGGUGAAGCCUGGGCCCUGCAGGGUGACAGCGCAGUGGGGGUCGGCUUGAGGAGGACCCCGGGCAGGGGCCUGCCCUCAGAGCCCCUCGUGCCUGUUUGGCCACCUCCCUGGCCAUCAGGGUCAGAUGACGCUCACCUGGAACACGAGCACAUCCAGGCGUUGACCCCAGCCGGUAUCAGAAGGAUGCCAUGGAGAAAACCGCACACCCCCCGCUGUGCUCGGGGUCCCACCGCGGCCUCUGUGCCCCUCAAAGCCCCCGGGGCACAGACCCCCACUGGCUACCUCCUGCAGCGAACCGCAGACUGAGGCCGGGCCAGGCAAGGCCAGCUGCCUCCAGGGAGCUGCGUCAGGCAGGCAGGCUGGGUGCAUGCCGGUGUCUGGACCCUGAUCUGAGGCUACGA